AUGGGAGGGGAGCUGGGGUACCUGUCUGGGGUGCCCCGUGUGGGGAAAGCAGGGGUGUCUUUGCAGGGUGUCCUGGGUGCAGGCACCACCUGUGUCCUUGUGUCCUUCCCCUUCAUCUUCAACCCCUGCCUGGCUUGCAAGGAGAGCACUCCACAGUGGGCAGCCUUCAUCUACUACCUCCCCUUCAUCAUCAUCUUCCAGUUUGGCUGGGCAGCCACACAGAUCUCCCACCUCUCCCUCAUCCCUGAGCUGGUGACCAGUGACCACGAGAAGGUGGAGCUCACAGCCUUCAGGUAUGCCUUUACUGUCGUGGCCAAUAUUGCUGUCUAUGGCCUGGCCUGGCUCCUGCUGAACUUCCAGGUGGACCAGCCUGACCGCACAGAGCACCUUGGCAUCCAGGAUGUCCCAAUAUUUCGGAACCUGUCCCUCAUUGUGUUGGGGCUGGGGGCCCUGUUCUCCCUCAUCUUCCACCUGGGCACCAAAGAGAAGCCGUACCCGCCGCGCCUGCUGCCCCAGCUGGAGGAGAGCACCCCGCUGCUGCACAAGGAGCCAGCAAGCCCCGUGCACCCACUGCUGAUCUGGAAGGACUGGCUGCUGGAACCUGCCUUCUACCAGGUUGCCAUGCUCUACAUGUCCACCAGGCUCAUCGUCAACCUUUCCCAGACCUACAUUGCCAUGUACCUGACCAACUCGCUGCUGCUGCCCAAGAAAUACAUUGCCACCAUCCCCCUCGUGAUGUACAUCAGUGGCUUCCUCUCCUCCUUCCUCAUGAAGCCUGUAAAUAAGUGGAUAGGUCGAAAUCUCACCUACUUCGCGGGCAUCUUGGUGAUCUUGGCCUUUGCCUCCUGGGUGGCCCUGACCAAGGAGAUGGGAGCUGAGAUCUACGGGGCAGCCGUGCUGCUGGGAGCUGGCUCUGCCACCAUCCUGGUCACCUCCCUCUCCAUGACAGCAGAUCUCAUUGGCACCAACACGCACAGCGGAGCCUUCGUCUACGGCGCCAUGAGCUUCACGGACAAGAUGGCCAACGGGCUGGCGGUGAUGGCCAUCCAGAACCUGCACCCCUGCCCGACUGAGCUCUGCUGCCCUGCCUGCAUCAGCUUCUACCACUGGGUGAUGGUGUUGGUCACUGGAGGCAUUGCCAUCGCUGCCAUUGUCUCUCUGUGCUGCAUCAUGGUCUGGCCCAUCCGUAUCCGCUACCCCGUGAAGAAAACCAACACGGCGCUCCUGGUGCCCAACGCGCUCAGCGUCCGCACAGCCGAGGGGGAGAAGUUCCUGUUCGUGUCUUUGCACCGGCGGGAGGCCACGUACCAGCUCCUGAAGUCAGUCUGCAAACACCUGCAGGACAAUGACUGGAGCCCUCCAGCUUCUCCAAGCACCAAGGAAAUCCGUAGGAAGUGUCUGACCCCGAGCCAGUCAGGCCUGGAGCAGAGCACAGCAGAGCCCAACAGCCUCCAGGAGCUGCCAGAUGGGCCCAGCCUGACCCCAAGGCCAGCAGAGGAGGAGGAGGUGACGGCGCUGGUGCUGAACGGGACCCCCAUUACUGCCCUAUGGGCCCAGACCAUCACACAGCUGAGCCCCCUCAACACCAUCAUCCUCAUCUACCUGAUGCUGUGA